AUGGGUAUUGAAUCUCAUUGGAAGCAUACGAGUAAGACCUAAAUUAAUUCAGAACCUAUAAAUCCUAUUGAAGAUUUAGUAGUAAAUGAUUUUUUAAGAUAAUUCACAAUGAGCCAGCAUCUAUUAGAGCCUAUAUAACUUAAUAUUAUAAGGAUGAAUUUGAAUAUAAUAGAUGCAAAUUAAAUAAAUUUAUUAAUCUUAUUAUAUCCAGACAUGUUGAAUUUGAUGGUCAUAAUGAUUCUCAUUAAUUCCCUUCUAGUAUUUCAUUUGAAGGAGUCUCUUAACAUCAUCCUUCAUAAUUACCUACUAAUGUAACAACAUAAUUAGAAGAGAAAUUAUUAGAAGAAAUAAUAUAUCCAUCAUGAACAUCAUCGAAAUAUUAUUAAUAAAUAAGAUAAAAAUAAUAUUUUUUCUUAUGAAGAUAAACCUGCUUAUAUGUUAUAAUUCAAAUUUAGAUUUCUAGUUAAAAUUGAAAAAUGGAAUAAAUUGUUCGUUUUUGUAGAAUAUUAAAUAAAAUGA